AUGUCAUUCUACUUCAACUGGGGGCGCCUGGACGAGACAGCCGCUGAAGCGAUCCGUGUUCUUAUAAAUGACAAAUUAAAGCAGAUACUGUAUCAUAGACGAAAUGCGAUGAAUGUGAAUGACAGCUGCGUCACAAUCAAAGUUAAUAGCAGUACUAGUGGAUUAGGAGGCGUGAAUUCAUCAUUGGAGGGGAAUCGUCCUCGAAACAGAGCUUUUAACGUAGAUGCGGAGCAUGGGGGCUCUGGUGCUCGUGCUGGGCUGGCGGGGCCAAGUGCCGUUGUCAACCUCAGUAAUCCGCUACACACCACCUCGAUGGAUCCCUCCUCUAUUCACAAAACAGCCAGUUUCAGUAACGACAGUGCAGCUAACGGUGACGCUAGAUAUCAAACGCCGCAAUGCUUUGGUCGCCAUAGCAGCCAGGGGAUGUCCGCCACCCCCCCAGUGUCUACCAUGGGAGCUGCAGCAGGUGGGGUUGCAUUGAACACAUGCGCACCUCCUCCCAAAAUACCAUUAAUUAGCUUUUUGCGCAUAGAUAAUAUCCAAUGGGGAACUAUGCCUCCAUUUAUUGAGAUUGAUCGGUUUGAAAAUGCUUUAGAUAUAUUUGACACCACAGCGUCGUGUGGUCUGGCGGCUUCAUUGAACAUCAGCAGCCCUGGGUUGGGUCUCACGGUUGGUCAGAUGGAUCGCCCCCUCUGGGAUUCUUAUGAAUCCACCGAGGUUCCGCAGACGGCGUGCCCCUCUUCGACCCAAGUGCCACCAAGGGACCUAACGCAGCAUGGGAAGGCGCCUAUUUCAGCUGUCGGGACUUCAGACGCGGCUUCAAUGACUACUGCGCAAGAGUCUGUGGAUGGUGCAAACACCAUUUCCUCAACACGGGCUACUGAAGAAGGAAGAGGUCUUUCCACUAAAGGAUCUGCAUUGAGUCAUCUUAGGGGUGCAAGAGCGACAUCACCACAGACUCGCCCUGCAGCCACUACACUUUUAACCAAAAUUAAGACCCCCUACAACUAUAGUGAGCAUGAGUUUCCGACGCCGUCCUCCACUCCGAUAGACACGCUGGCGCCGUUCCUGGGCACGGGUGGCUUGCACAUCCGGCUUCAUCUUACCUAUGGCGGCUCUAUGAGCUUCUCCGCUAGUACUGCAAUUCAGUAUUGUUUUCAUCUAGGAUCCUUCUCUCUGCCAGUUUCCAUGCCCAUUGAGCUCCAUGUAUCGGACUUCGAUUUGGAUUGUUUUGUAUGCUUUAACUUUCAUCAUAACGAGUGUCGUUUGUGGCUGGAGCCCGGUAAACUGGCUGACUCGGCCAUCAACCGUCUAAAGGUUGUGGCUGUGUUUGGAGAGCGCAAAGAUACUGAGGAUGAUUUCGACACAUCACCUGCAGAGUAUCUCAGAGGUAAGGUUGGCCGUCCUGAUGACGAUGAUGGCUCAAUUUUUGUAGACCGAAGGGAGGUUGAGCAGCUUUUUGAGCGUGAGGUAAAAAAAUUUUUACAAAAAAAGCUUAUGGCACCACACUUUAUCACUAUACCUAUUCAAAUUUCGGGAUGA